AUGGCCGACAAGAUGUCUAUCGACAAGACUCAGCACGCUCCGAACGACCACCGUCACCUGCAGCACCAGCAGCUUCACGAGGAUAGCGAUGAUUCCCUUGGUUCCUCUCCAGACGGCGGGCAGGCUACCCCUGCCGCAUCCGUGAGCAAUGUUGCUGUAUCGCUCGCUCCUCAAGAUGGUCAACAACCCAAACGCAAGGGUGGCCGCAAGCCCAUCUAUGCGACGUCUGAAGAACGCAAACAACGCAACAGACAGGCUCAAGCUGCCUUCCGAGAGCGUCGAACCGAAUACAUCAAGCAGCUCGAGGAGACUAUUCGAGUCCACGAGACGAACUUGCACAGUCUCCAGACUGCACACCGCACUGCUGCCGAUGAAUGUCUCAUGCUGAGAUACAAGAACUCUCUACUGGAGCGUAUUCUCCUCGAGAAGGGCAUCGAUGUCCAGGCUGAACUCCGCGCGAAAACUGGUAGCCCUAACCUGGGGCCUACCCAUAUGCCUCAGAACCUUGUGCAACCACCCCCUAUCCAACGGGCGAUUAUGAACCGCCACCACCAGUCACGUCGGUCGAAUGCAAGCAUAGCCCCAAAGGCUGAACCUCCAGUGAGCCUGCCAACGCCCCACAGGACAACAGCCUCUCCAAAGAGCCGCCCAACGCCUCCUUCUCACAGUAGUUCACCCAAGAACCAUACCACAUCUGGCUUCUCACCUGCUGCAUCUGACACAAUGUCGAUGAGGGGAGGUGUGCAUGGCAUGUCGCGCCAGCCUAUUCACGCGAUGCCGCCAACAUCGCAACAAUCCAGGCACCCUCCUCCGCCACAGGCUCAAGGCGGCCGUCACGGCCCAGCGAACUCUGGAGCAUCAUAUUACCCCACCCCGGCAUUCCAAAACCACAUUGAGCAGCUUGAGCAAGAAUAUGAUGCCCAAGCUGAUAUGGUCGACGAUUCUGAGAUGGAUACGCCAGGUGGACCUGGCCCUUACCCUUCAAGCUUCCAUCACGAGGCACCCCAUGUGCUCUCACCAGCCUCCAACGGGCCAGGGCAUCAUCACGGACUGCCUCAGCAGCACCACGAACCCCAACACCAUGGACAGACGCCGCAGGGACAAUAUCCUUCCAUGACACAACUUCUGGAUCAGAACCUCGAUUGGGACCCAUUCGGGCUGAGUGCCAGCAUGGCAUUUCCCUCUCAGUCAUAUACCGUUGACCAGGCCAACAUGAGGUGA